AUGUCUUUCCCCCCAGACCAUUCAGAGUCUCCUCCCCCUUUAAAAAUUUCUUUUAAUAUGGAUAUUCGAACAAAUGGGGCAAAAGAAGGAUUAAUUAUUUCUACUGGAAUAAUAUCUGGCACACCACAAAUGUUUAAUGGAAUUUUUGGGGUAAAUAAUUCUCCUCUUUGGCCAGCAGUAUUUUCUCCACCAUCGUCUGCUUCAACUUUACCCUUAAAUGAUAAAAAUAAUUUUGAGAUAAACCCCAAUAAAAAUUUGAAUGAGUCAUCGAAGGAACAAUCAAAAAUGUUAUCUCCCUUGAUGAUUUCACUCAAUGAAGUAGAUGUAAAUAAACAACAACCAUUAAAUCAACAACAAUUAAAUAAAUGUUCUUCCCCAACAAAAAGAGAGGGCGGUUGUUGCUAUUCACCGCCCCCAUUAUUGUUUGAUUCAACAACAACCACAACUUCUCUAGAAAUUUUUCGUCCAGACUCGGCCUCGUCCUCUGCUGACUUCUACCAAUUGCCUAAAGCACCGCUUAGUCAAGAAUUAAUUAGAGAACCUCCAGUUGUGUUGGUGCCUGUUGAGGGAGAGGAAUACGAAUUUAACGAGAAGUAG